AUGCGGCAGAUCUCGUCGAUGCUGCAGGGGCUGGCCCGCUCCAUGUCUCUGGGGAAGGAGAGGAAGCAGGCGGAGGAGGCGCAGGGGACGGUGCUGCGGUCGUCGGGGACGCUCUGGGGCGAGGGCUCAGAGACCUUGGCCGCCGCGUGCUCCCGCCGCGGCGAGAAGGGCACCAACCAGGACACCUCCAUCGUCUGGGAGGGAUACGGGUGCCAGGACGACACCAUCUUCUGCGGGGUCUUCGACGGCCACGGCCAGUGGGGCCACUACGUCGCCAAGGCCGUCCGGGAGUCGCUGCCGCAGCGGCUGCUGUGCCGCUGGCAGGAGGCCGUCGCGCUGGCGUCGCUCAUCGACGGCGAGAAGAGGCUCGGCGACUGCCAGUUCGACCUCCUGAGGCAGUCCUACCUGGCCGCCGCCCCCGCCGUCGACGACGAGCUCCGCCGGAGCCGGCGCCUCGACGCCGUCAACAGCGGCUGCACGGCUCUGUCCAUCGUCAAGCAGGGCGACCUGAUGGUGGUCGCCAACGUCGGCGACUCGCGGGCCGUCCUCGCGACCACGUCCGACGACGGCGACGUCACCGCCGUCCAGCUCACCGUCGACUUCAAGCCCGACCUGCCCCAGGAGAAGGCGCGCAUCACGCAGUGCGAGGGCCGCGUGCACUGCCUCGACGACGAGCCCGGCGUGCACCGGGUGUGGGUGCCCCACCGGGAGGCGCCGGGGCUGGCCAUGUCGCGGGCCUUCGGCGACUACUGCGUCAAGGACUACGGCGUGAUCUCGGCGCCGGAGGUGACGCAGAGGAGGAUCACCGCCCAGGACCAGUUCGUCAUCCUCGCCACCGACGGGGUCUGGGACGUGCUCUCCAACGAGGAGGCCGUGCGGAUCGUGGCGGCGACGCCGGACAGGGAGAAGGCCGCGAAGCGGCUCGUCGAGUGCGCCGUCCGCGGGUGGAGGCGCAAGCGGCGGGGCGUCGCCGUCGACGACUGCUCGGCGGUCUGCCUCUUCUUCCACACGCCGGCGCCCUGA